GUGGAUUAUUUUACAUCGGAAGAUUUUUACGAGAAAGUGAAUCGACCCGUGUUUGAUUCCGAGCGAAUGAUUCUUAAGAGUCGGUUCAUUUCUACGGGAUUAAAACGAUCAAGUGUGUCGGUUAUUUUAGCUCUGCUAUUGAAAUCUGAUCAUAACCGACUUGAAAUUGAGGAAAUAUGGAGACUGAGGAAGAACCCUGCAUAAUAAAAGUUGAAGAUACAGAGGAACUAAUAGACCUGGUGGAAGUGAAUGAAGACAAGUGGCAUCAGAAACCUCAUUUCAUGAAUGUAAACACAGACAUUACAAAGGCUGAACAGAGUUUCACAACAAAUCAAGCUGGAGUUUGUCUUGAAGGAAAUGUAACUGAGUACAUAAGAAUUAACGGCAGGUUCACCUGUCUUCAGUGUGGAAAGAAUUACGAGCAUAAGGGAAACCUAAACGUACACAUGAGGAUUCACACUGGAGAAAGACCAUUCACAUGUGAUCAUUGUGGAAAGAGCUUCAGUAACAAAGGAAACCUUGAAAAGCAUUUCAGAAUUCAUACAGGAGAGAGACCAUUCAAAUGUCAUCACUGUGGAAAGAGCUUUUACGACAAGGGAAAGUUUAAUGAGCACAUGAGGAUUCACACUAGAGACUCGCUGUUCACCUGUACUGAGUGUGGAAAGAGUUUUAUUCAGAAAGCAGGAUUGAAGAGUCAUCUGAAUGUUCACUCUGAGGAAAGACCGUUCGUGUGUGCUCAGUGUGGAAAGGGUUUCAAAACUGAAAGCAACCUCAAAAGUCAUCAGCUCUCUCAUUCUGGAGUGAGGUCGUUCAACUGUGAUCAGUGCGAUAAAACAUUUAUUCGUGCGUCAAACUUGAGGGAACACCUUAAAGUUCAUGUCGGACUGAAGCCUCAUGUUUGCUCCUUAUGUGGAAAGAGCUUCUUACGACUGGAAACUUUACAAGUUCACCAAAGGAUUCAUACUGGAGUGAGACCUUAUAUGUGUUCAGACUGCGGGAAGAACUUUACUAUAUUAGGCGACUUAAAGAAACACCAGAGGAUUCACACUGGAGAGAAACCGCACAAGUGUUCACACUGUGGAAAGAGUUUCACUUUUUCAGGAAACCUGAAAAAUCAUGAGAGAGUUCACACUGGAGAAAAGCCGUAUGCGUGCUCUACAUGUGGGAAGAGCUUCAAUCAACUUUCUAAUCUACGAGUUCAUAUUAAACAUAACAAGUGUUGCCUAAUGUCGCCUAAAUAAGAAAUGUUUCCGAAUCAGAUCUGUCACUUACAAGACAAUCAUGCGAUAUUUAAAAACAAUACAUUCAUUUUUCUUCGGCUAAGUCUCUAUUUCAGAGGUUGCCACAGCGGAAUGAACCACCAACUAUUCCAGCAUAUGUUUUACACAGCUCUUCCAGAUGCAACCCAGUUCUGGGGAACACCCACACAAAACAAUACAUUUGGAAUCAUUUCGAACAUUUCAUCUAAUAAAUUAAUUGUGCAUUUGAGCUUUUCUAAAAUGAUGGCAACAUCUGUUAAUCCAGUCGUUUGUUUACAUGUUGAUGUGUUGCUCCAGGGGCCUGUUUCAGUAAGGAGGUUCAACCAACUCUGAGUUUAAACUUGAACUCUGAGUUGAUUUACCGAGAGAUUAAAAACUCAGAGUUUUCAGUUUCGGAAUAGCAGAUCUGAAUUGGAUCAAUCAACUUUGAGUAGAGCAACUCAGAGUUAAGCGGGCACACCGCGACAAUAAAAAGGCAUUUUCAAUGGAGCGCAGAUAUUACGAGUGACUAUGGCAACAUCUGAAAAAAGAGAUCAGCAUUUCUUUCUCCAGCUGAACUUGAUGUGCUCAUGCAAAGUUAUAGCAAAUAUGACCAUGGAUUUAAAAAGCAACACCACUGCAUCAGGGAAACAGAGACAGUUAGCAUGGGAAAACAGCUGCUCAAGUUAAUGCGUAAUUUUACAUCUAAAGUAUUUAAAUAUUUAAAUAUAAUUAAAUAAGUUAUGCUAUGUGUGAUGUUUAUAAGAUUUUUACACACGUUCCCACUUUUAUACACGUUUAUCAAUUUUAAUAGAUGUAAAAGUGCACUUGUCUGCCUUUAUUAUUGAUCAAGUGAUUGAGGUUAAUAUGACAUUUAGAAUGUAAGCAGAACUAAACAAUAGUUUUAGAAAGAAUAAUAAUCCCAUUAAUCUAGUUACAGCACAUGUCGAAGGUCUGUGAAUUUAAGCUAAUUAUUUAUUAAAAAAGGACAAGCCAUUCUCGUACGUGACAUUGUUCUUUGUUUGACUGAAAUGUAGGCAAUAGCUAUGUUUCCAUCCAAAUAUUAGUUAAAUUUAUGUGCAAAACCGGAAUAAAUAAAAAAUGUCCAAAUAAAGCAGCGUUUCCAUCCAAUGAGUCAAAGAGAACAAAAUCGUCACUUCCUGAUUAUCUGGCGCCAAAUAUCAACAGUAAAAACAGAAUUUACUGCAGUAGAAGAAGCUGCGUCAGUCUUUUCUUUAUUUAAUAAAUGUACUUGCUCCUCAGAAGACACAUGCUGACACACAAUGAACACGUGGGGGCGUUUGACACUCUUGACAUGCUCCAGAUGCUCUGGAGGUCAUUAAUAUUAUCUUAAUGAUAAGAUAAUGUACUAAUGUACUUAUCCAGAGCGAGCAGAAGGGCUGCCAAAAUCACUCUGGACCCCUCACACCCAGCACACUGCCUCUUUGAACUUUUACCUUCUGGUCGACGCUACAGAGCACUGCGCACCAGAACAGCCCGACACAGAAACAGUUUCUUCCCUCAGGCAAUCCAUCUCAUGAACACUUGAUGAUGAUAAUUGUGGAACCAACAUCACUACUUGCUAUACACUUUUAUACACAUAUACACUUAUUUAACAACACACUUUACAUGCCAAUUUGCACAUAACAGCUGCACAUAUAACGUUGUAUAUAGUAAUAAACAUGUACAUACACUUGUCAAUCUGUAUAUUGCAUUCACUACUUACUUCUAUUUUUUAAAUGUAUUUAUUAUCUGUUUUUUGUCCUGUCUCUGUAAUUCUGUUGCACUGUAGAAGCUCUGUCACCAAAACAAAUUCCUCGUAUGUGUGAACAUACCUGGCAAUAAAGCUCUUUCUGAUUCUGAUUCUGAUAAUAAUAUACAUUAAAACUGAAACGGUUAAGGUGUUUUAGAAUGACUAAAUCAACAUUUCAGAUGUGUUGCAGUGUGCUCAGCCUGCUGAUUUGUCCAUUCACACAUAUUUUCAUCAUCAUCUCUUAUAACAAACCUUUUUUAUUGCACAUAAUUUGUGGAAUAAAUUUGUCUAGUAAAAGAAAUGAAGAAGAUUUCUAUUUACUAAACCUAUAUGAAGACACAUUUAAUUGGUUGAGUGGAGGGCCCUACGAUUCUGCCAUUAUAUAUCUUUGAAAACAGGUGAUAGGUUAAGGCAAAGGGGUCAUAAAAGAGCAUGAGAGAGGACUUGGGGAUGCAUUGAGAAGCAUCUGUGUCAGAA